CGUCGCGUCGUUGUCUCGUCGUCGUUCGUAUUGUUAUCGUCGGUGUGUCGUGGUUUCGUGGUGCUCACUCGUUUUACCCUUUGUACGCGCCGAGAGUAUCGCGAGGGAGAGAAGAGAAACACGCGUUUUGCCGCGCUCACCGGCGUGUGUUGUUCACCGCCCCGCUCCGCUUCUCGCUCAUCGAAAGCUCUCGAAGACACCGUGCGCGCGUGUGUGAACGGACAAGUUUCGGGAAAGUUUCGACUUGCGCGGAAAAUUGAGAAAAGUCGAGCGACAAAAAGUGCGCGAGUGUGCGAUUCGGUCGACGACUCUCCGUCUGCCUCGGCCUGUGCCGCAGACCGGUCGCAGCCGCAUCACGUAGCCGUUCACCGUUGUGCGGUUAACGAGAUUUUCUCUCCUUUCUAAUAUCUUUAAGAUCAUUAUUAGAGAAGAGAGAGAAAGAACGGAAGGAUCAUCGAGGAAAUUUCAUCAAGCGGGAGACUGACCCCCGACUCCUCGCCGUCUUAGAUUUACGAUCGACGUGGCCUCCGUGUGGAAUCUAAUAUUUCGCCGCAUCAGCAAAUCGCGAAGUGCAAUAGCAUUUACGAGACGCACAGAUAAUUCACAAGAGAGAAACAAUAUGGACGAUGUUCAAUAGAUGAAUUUGUAUUACAUAUAAAUCGAGAACUGUUUUAUCUGAGUGUGCAUAUCAAAAUACGAUAUCAGCACAGUUUCCAGCAUCGACGGUGAAAAGCACUCACGUGUAAUGAUUGAAUACGACGUUGAGAAGAAAAAUAUCGACAGAAAAAACUUAUUCUCUCCGCAUCUUCUUCGUAUCAAACCACGUGAAAAGAACAGUUCUGUUUUUUUUUUUUGAGGAACACGCGAAGUUGAUCGCAAGAUAAAAGAAGCAUACAUCUUCUACACUUCGGCGCCCCAGAUGGGGCUUUCGGUUCGCCUUGCGAAAUCCGGAGAAACCGAAAGAGUGUCGCUCUAGUGAACUCGUCAUCGAGAAUAUUAUUCAGUCGAACGAACGACAAGAUAAGAACUUCGAGUCCAGCGGGAGAAAAAAAAGAGAGAGAAGAGAGAAAGAUUGAGAGAUCUAGAGAUCUCUCGGCGCGUUUCUGUGAAGAUGGACGCCCUGGAGCUGCAAGCUGCCUUGGUAAAGCUUGAUCCGGCCACCACGGUCACGCCGAUCGGUACGACUGUGAAGUUGGUGCCUCAUCACCGGGUCGCCUUCACCGUGAACAUUGACGACGAGAGCGACAUAAAUCUAGAAGAUUCGACUCGAGACGACGAGAAGUCGUUGGCCGAGACCGCGUCGAGGAAAACGCCGGGCAACUGCGCCGGAGGCCUGACGGCGAACCAUCAGAAUCAUCAUCAGAGCGGCGGUCAGCAGAUAAGCGUCUCCAAGUGCGGCAUCAUUGAAGUUAGGUGACGCCAACCGCCCUGCCACGGCGUCAAUAUG